AUGUCGAGCAUAGGCGAGGUACCAAAUAAUGCUCGCUACGACCCCAGGUUGCGCUCUCCAGCGGUGCAUUGGCAGUACCAUGCUUCAAUCGGAUCACUGAAAGUGCCGUUGGACGGCAUAGAAGAAAUCGAUUUUUCAAUAACAUUAAGUGAAUUAGGAAUAACCGAUAUUCACGAAUAUUAUAAUUCGAUGAACACAAUGGAUACAGGAAAUGCCACCUUUUUAACAACACAAGCAUAUGCAUUUUUAAAUAAUGAUCUCUAUCCUGCCGAUCUUGAUGAUCUUGCUGAUGUCGAUCGUAAAAUUGCUGAUCUUGGUAAUGCUGAUCAUAAUGCUCGUCGUGGUCGUCGUAAUGCUACUACUCCUGCUGAGUUCAUUGGUAUGCGUGAUCAUUUUGGUAUUCAUACUAUUCCUGAUCUUGAUCGUGCUGCUGUUUCUUAUGACCGUGAUGGCAAUUUCAGCUCUCAAACAUGCUAG